UGGGGUUUGGAUAAGAGGGAGAAAGGUUUAAAACCAGUGAUUGCUGUCAAGCUGGACCUAAACAGAGGGCCAAGAGAAGAAGAAGUCUGUUUUUGACAGAAACCAUUUCAUAUUAUGUAACUAAAAGCUCUUUGGAGGUGUUGCUUCAUUUGGGGCCAUAAAUCUAUUUUUAGUCUGUUCCUCUUUAGCACUCUAAGAACACACCGUGAAAAGCUUCUCUGUACUGUUUCUCAUCUCUCCAUCGGUAAGCACCAGCGGGUGUUAUGGAUCUGCAGUGUCUCCUGUGCUGGAAAGUUGUGCCACUUCUUCUUCUGUUGCCAGGCAGAUAUUGGUCAAUGUCAGUGCAUAUCCUCAAUGAGCAUCCUGUACACGUAAUCCCAGGCUCCAAACUAGUUCUCACUGCUCGGAUCCAAAAGGAUCCCAGGGAAGAGAUCUCCACUAUAACAUGGGCACGGGAGCCUGAAACUGGACGUGAUCGGGUGAAGGUGACGCUGGCUGCGUGUCCUGCUAAAAACACUAAGUGUUCUGGUGGCACUCCAAAUAUACAAAUGAGUUUCAUGGAGCAGGAGACAACGCUAGAGAUCAACAGAUACAGCAUAGAAGACAGUGGGGAGUAUUCAGUGACGGUGAUGGAUGGCUCAGGAACCAAUGCUACUGGACGCUGUAUCGUCAGGGAAUAUGAGGCAGUUCAUCAUGUCUCCGUCAGCAUCAACAUUUCUCACUCCUUGCUGAUUUGCCACGAGGCGUGGGGAACAGACCCCAGCUUCACCUGGCUGCAUGAGCGAGCCGCCAUCACUCAGCAGGUGGGAAGUGUCUCCAAGGGUGGAAGCACGCUGCUUGUGACAAUGACUCCCAUUUGUGGCCACUUCACCUGCAUGGUUGGCAACAAGCUGGGACACAGUUCUGCCACAUACACAGCAGCACCUUGUGAAAGUGGGGGCAGAGGGACGAUGGCGGCUGUGGUGUGUCUUGUCCUCCUGGUGCUGGUGUGUGGAGGAGUCCUGGCGUUUCUACUGUGGAGGAGGCACAAGGAGAAUAACAGAGGAGAGAGAUUGUACGAACCGACGGAUGAGACAAUCUAAAAAGACUUGAGCUGUUGCUGAAAACCCUCAGAGGACCACAGUGGACAAACCGCCCAGUGAGGGUGGAAACUUCCUGUCCUGUGAGCAGUAUGACCUCACGCUGAAUGGGAACAAUGUGGAGAGUGAACUGCUUUUGGAGUCUUUGGCUCAGGACCUCCUGCUCUGCCUGAAAAUGUUCUUUACUACUGUGGUGGAUUUUAUUUUCUUCU